AUGACGGGCAAAAUAUUGUUCCAAGCGGGGGAGCUUAUAUUGAGAAACUCUCUUCAUUGUGGACAAUCCUUUAGAUGGGUUAAUAAAGAGAACACAGAGUUGUUUUAUUCGACAGUUAAAAUAGGCGACACACAUGAGCUAGUGUUCUUAAAUCAAACAGAAGAUGAUUGUGUUGAGUACGAUUGUUAUAAUAAGCAAAAUCUGCCAAAACUGGAGACAUUUUUUAGAGAUUACUUUAGGCUUGAUCUGUCUUUGGACAACCUAAUGAGAGACUGGAUAGAGGUUGAUCCGGAAAGGUUCAAGUAUAAACAGCACAGGGGAGUGAGAGUACUGAAACAGGACCCUUGGGAAACUUUGUGCUCUUUUAUCUGCUCAAGUAAUAAUAAUAUAUCGAGAAUCACCAAAAUGUGUCAUUCUUUAGCUACUCAAUACGGAGAUGAAGUUGGAGAGUUUGAAGGCGUGAAGCAAUACUCGUUCCCUAGCUCUGAUCAACUGGUAUCUAAGGCAACUGAGGAUGAAUUGAGAGACCUUGGAUUUGGGUACAGAGCAAAGUAUAUAAUGGGAACUGCACAAUUAAUGUCAAUGGAGAAAGAUGGCAUGACUGAUUCGGAGUACAUGCUAAGUUGGCGAACCAAAGGUAAGAUGAGUUACGAAGAUGCAAAGGAGAAGCUAAUGAUGUAUCCGGGAGUAGGUCCAAAAGUUGCUGAUUGUGUGCUUCUUAUGGGAGGACUAGGUUUUGAUGAAGUUGUUCCUGUGGACGUUCAUAUUGCACGAAUUGCGGAAAGAGAUUACAAGUUUAAUAGUACCUCAAAAGAGAUCGAAAAACUACAAGCCAAAUAUAAGAACUUCCCAAUAACUCGUAAAAAAGUGAAUUAUAAACUCGAUGUAUACCGAAAAAGAUUCCAGGAGCUAUGGGGCCAAUAUGCAGGAUGGGCUCAGUGUAUUCUUUUCUCACAAGAAAUUGGUAAAACUGUUGGUGCCAAUAGUAACGACAAAAUUGUACAGAAAAGAAAAAUAGAUGAGUACGAAGAAAUUAACAAAAUUGGUGAAAAGAUGGAUAUUGUCUCAGUAAAAGUUGAAGAAGAAGAAGUCUCUAUAGAAGAGUAUAGUGUUACAGGUCGCCCUUUAAGAAAAGCAGUUAAACGUGCCAAGAAAGUGUAUUGA